UCCUUCAGGUUUAUCCGACCGAACCCGCAGUCCAAUCGUCUCCUCCGCCAGCUCGCUCAGUUCCACUAGCUCCCCCGCAACGCCGGCGACCUCGCGUAGCUCAAGCACACCGCGCCGCCGCGCAGCUCCACCGCAACCCCGCGCGGAUCCACCUCUACCCCGUGCAGCUCCACCGCUCCCCCGCGCAGCUCCCCCGCUCCCCUUUCCCGCAUCCCUAAAUUUCCAAGCUUUCCCCCAUCCCCUUCCGGAAAAUCGGCGCUUGCUGCCCGUCGAUUCUCCACUACCACCACCAAUCCCGGCCACCGUCGAGAGGGGAGAGCAGGAGGAGGAAAAGGUCACUGGCGCCGGCAAGAUAGGGAAGAGCAGGAGGAGAAAAAGGGACCAGACGAGUGGCAGCGGGUGGUGGCGAUGCACGGCACGGUCACUGGAGAGGCGUCUGCGGCGGAGCUCGUCGGCGUCGCGUAUGCCAGGGCGUCGAAGCCGACCAACGCGUUCGCCGCCUCGUCUCCUGGAGCGGGCGGCCACAACUACAAGGGCGCCUCCGCGUCCGCCGUGCUGGCCCGCCUAGCCGGCGGCAACAGGUGGCACCAGGACGACGACGGCGGUGAAAUGGAUGAACUGCAGGAGAAAGAAUUCCAAUCCAUCAUGGUGUGCGCAUGCAGUUAAUUGAUCUCCACACAAGCAUGGCCAUCCACCAACAUGCAAAACAAGUUCAAGACCAAAAAUAUGUGUUUCUUGCUGUUUACUCAACUGAACCAGAUUUGGGUAUUCAAGUUCCAAGGUUUCUGCUAACAGCAUACAGAUUAAAUUGAAAAGCUGGAUUCAUCUAAAUCAUGGACAGUUCAAAACCAAUUAUUUCCAAACCAAUUAUUUCUA